UGUUGUGUGCUAAUAUUUUUUUGUUACUGUUCCACUUUGUCAGACCUACAUUGUCUGCUCAUGAUUCAGUUGUGAAUUGUGUUUCGAAAUGGCAUCAACGACUCCAAGCCCUGCUGGUGCUCCAGUACCUCCACCUGUAUCAGCUUCUACGGGAAAAGGCUUACCAAGCCGUGUGUAUAAUGGAUUAAUUGGCAGUGUUGAUAAAUAUGUACCAGCGAAAUUGCGUCCAUUGUGGGUGCAUCCUGCAGGUCCUAAAACUAUAUUUUUCUGGGCACCAAUAUUUAAGUGGGGACUUGUUGUUGCUGGUCUUAGUGAUUUGGUGCGUCCAGCAGACACGUUAUCAGUACAACAGUGUGGUGCCUUGGCAGCAACUGGAAUAAUUUGGUCACGUUAUUCUUUAGUUAUCAUUCCAAAGAAUUGGGGUCUAUUCUCAGUCAAUCUCUUUGUCGGCCUGACUCAAUGUGUACAACUGGCUCGUGCCUAUAUGUAUCAAAUGGAACAAAAGAAACUACAAGCAACCGCAGAAUUAUAAAACUGUCUAAUGUUACG